UUGCGCCACGUUCUUUGAGUGGACUGAGGUAGGCGGAAUAAAUGUUAAUACCUGCAACUUCUAUUAAUAUUUUUGCACAGGAGCAUGACAAAAUGCUUGGGGAACCAUGCAAUGUCCUUGGACCGUGCCCUCGUUCAGCGAGGAAUGACACCUUUGGACGAUUUGCCACAAGAUCUUCUGGUGCCUGAUGCCUAUGCGAACUCCCCGACGGAAUUUCAAUCUCUUAUACGGUGCGGUGCUAUAGUCGCUAUGUGCCUCAAGUAUAAGCUCAGGUUUACAAGGAAGCACGGUAUCGUGGCCUCGGCGGAUGAGGAUUUACUCGACCUUGUUGGUAAUCCGGCAAUGGAGGAAACUGAUCAAUGGAAAAUAUACUUGGGACGUCGAAUUCAGCUUCGCUCCAGUGAUGGGAAUGGGCGCGAAUUUCUCAUCGACCUACUCGAGGACGCGCUCUUCUACCCCCUACGGUCGGAGUUUUCCAACUGUUUUCCAGAACGCUGGCAGACGUUUGUAAAGGAUCCAUCGGUAUCUCCGGUUGUAUGGAUAAAAGUAGCCCUGAUGAUGCAGAUAACCGUGAGGAUUCAGGUGACUCCGCCGACACAGACGAUGAUAUCCCUGACUUUGAGGUGAACGGUUAACCCAAUGUGGUGGGUUCUUAUUGGGAAUCCCAUUUGAUCAUGCAGGCGGAGGUCGCCGUGUUAGACCCCACCUAUAGCGGAUGGAAUAGGCCGCCCAUCGGCUAUGUCUGGGAUGUCUACGAAUCUGAAACUGAGGAAGAUGAGGACGCCCAUGAAGACGAUCCAACGA